AUGGACGAUUUUGUACCCCCGCCGCCACGACCGCCGCCGUUGCUGCCGCCCGCGUCCCUUCACCAUCUCUGCGCUCACGGCUACAUCGGCCUCAACCUGCCUCACCCCCUCGCCCAGCAAUACGAACAGCUGCUCGCCGCCUCCGAUGCCUUCUUUGCCCAACCUCUCGCAGCCAAGCUGCCCUACCGUCCGGCCAACGACAAACCACCCGGCCACCUUGGCCCGCCCUCCAGCCCCACGAACACCGAGCGCGGCUACACACACCUGGACGGCGAAAAGGAGUACCUGACCCUGCGCAAAAGCAUGACGCAUCUGCCACCGGGAAUUUACGAUGCCGCCGCACCUGUUUGGCACGACACGGCGCACCUGCUGCACCGCAUUCUGGGCGACAUUGGCGUGUACCUUGGGCUAGGCCCAACGGCCUGGGACGGCGUGGUGGCAGACAGUCUGGAGCCGGGCGACGGUGUGUACUAUAGCGAUGCCGUCAUUGCUGCGGCCGAAGCCGAACACAGCGACGGAAAAGGAGAGGGGGAAGGGAAGGGGAAAGGCAAUGUGGACGAGGAUGGUGACGAUGAGCCUGUCGGCGACAGUCCACCAAAAAGACACCACCCACGCGAUGACCCCCCGACUCUGUUGCGUUUGUUCCGCUACGAACCGGGAGGCGGCGGUGCGGAGCAGCACCGCGACCUGGGCCUUUUGACUAUCUGUGUGUGUUGGGGCAAGGGCCUGCAAGUGAAGCCCCAGCCGCCAGGGCCAUUGACACCACCACAGUCGGCUGAGGACGGCGGCCCGACAUUGGCUCCUCCAUCUGCUCCUCCACCUGCCCCUGACUGGGUCGACGCGCCUCAGGUCACCGUUAUGACAGGCGAUACCUUGCGCGUCCUCAGCAGCAACCGCAUUCCGUCGGCCAUUCACAGGGUCGUCGUUGAUCCAAAGGAAGCGGCCGCGGCGGCAGAAGCGAGGAUUGGUGGGAGUACAGUCGACACGCCUCCCAGCGAGAGCCGCCGUAGCAUCGUGUUUGCGCUGCGUGCCACAACCGUCGGCGACAUUGCCCUGUCCGACUUUGGCGGCUUUGGCAGCAUCGGCGCCCGAGAGCUGUACGACAACAUCCGCAAGUCGCGCGUCAACAUCAAUGCAGACAAGGACCGGCGUGCCUUGAUGCGUGCCGAGUAUCAAAGAGCCAAAGGGAUCAAGGCGGACAAGAGAGAAGAGAAUGAAAAUGAAAAUGAAACCACCACCGACGGUGACCGGGCAUUUACACAAGACAAGGGUGAGUCGAUGGACGGUGACACAACCAUCGAAGGUGAGAUUACUGGCGUGGCGUGA